UGACUUCCAUACAAAAGUUCCUCGCUUCUUGGGCUUAUUUUCGUGGACAGAUUUUGGGCGGAGUAAAAGCUUUCGCCUCUUCCUCCGCCCAGACAACGGAUAGCCAAUCGCGUCAUCAAUCAAAGGAAUCAUGUUGAGCCAACACUUCCGCUUUCUUCUACGCUACGGAAACGUGUGUUGGUAGCUAGGUAAACAACAUGGCUGCGGGAUCCAGCGGUGCGGGCAGCGAGCUACAAAAAGAGUUGAUGUGUGCCAUCUGCCUUGACUACUUCCACGACCCCGUCAUUCUCAAAUGCGGACACAAUUUCUGCAAGUUCUGCAUCCUGAUGCAUUGGGAGGAGAACGGAGGAGAGGACGUCGGUUAUCAAUGCCCSGAGUGCCGAAUGAUAUUUAACAAGAUCAGCUUCACCAAGAACUACCUGGUUAAGAACCUUGUUGAUAAGCUGAGUGAGAUUGCGUGUCUGAAGCACUGUGAGCAGCCGGCUCCAUCCAAGCGUGUCCAACUAGACGGGAAAUGCGACAGGCAUGGAGAGGAGCUGAAGCUCUACUGCCACACCGACAACAAACCCAUCUGUGUGGUGUGUAGGGAGUCCCGGGCACACAGACACCAUGACGUGGCUCCUGUACCAGAGGUCCUUGAGGAUAUGAAGAGCGAGCUGCGACUGAGGCUGAUGGAAUUAACAUGGCAGAAGACUCUGUGUACCAGAGUGAAGGCUAUGGACGAGCAGACCAAGAAUGAAGCCAAGUUAAAGAAGCUGAAGCUGAAGGAGAAGAUUGAGGAGGAUGUGGGGUCUCUAGUCCAGUUCCUGUUGGAUGAGAAGGACGACCUACUGGAGGCUCUGGAUGCUGAGGAGGGGACUGUCAUAGGGACGAUAGAUGACAACCUGAGGUGGGUGGAGACCGAGGUGGUAGCUGUGGACAAACACAUGGCCCAGAUACACAACCACAUCAGAGGAAACACCAGCUUCGAGGGUGAGCCCUCUCAUAUCAUCUGUUAACUGUACGGGUGACUGGCUGAAUGAGUUCUCUGGACCCCAUCAGCUGAUCUUGUGGAAAAGAAUGAUGCACGUGUUGCAUACCAUGCCCCAGAACCUGACCCUGGACCCAGACACGGCUCACCCUAACCUGGCCAUCACGGACUUCGACACCAAGGUAGAGGAGGUGCGUACCCGUAGCCAGGACCCAGACCUACCUCAGCGCUUCACCCGCUUCUGUGGUAUUCUGGCCACGGCACAAUACUCCAGCGGCCAACACUACUGGGAGGUGGAUGUGAAGGACAAGGGCGUAUGGUACCUGGGGGUGACAGGGGAGUACAGUCCCAGGAAGGGUUUUGUCAACCUGUGUCCAUCCUCCGGCUACUGGAGCCUUAGUCUGCAGGACAGGCUAUAUGCUAACGAGGAGGAUGCCAAGAUACCUCUGGCCGACUACUGGAACUCUCCGCGGGUGGGCGUGUACCUGGACUACGACGCAGGCCGCGUGUCCUUCUACGACGCAGUCACCAUGAAGAAGUUGUAUAUGUUUGAGGCGUAUUUCGAGGAGCCGGUAUCUCCUUUCUUCAGCCCAGGGAAGAACGACCCUGGGAGCAGACUGCAGAUCUGUAUUCACUACUGAGAUGUGGGCGG